AUGAAGGGCUGGGGCCGGUCCAAGAUCGCGAUCGAGACGGUGCAGUCGACGGCCAAGUCGCAGCGGGUGGCGGCGCACUCGCACAUCAAGGGCCUGGGCCUGGCUGACGAUGGAACGCCCGAGCCGGUUGCUGCUGGGCUGGUGGGCCAGCUGGCGGCGCGUGAGGCGGCCGGCGUCAUUGUCGAGCUGAUCAAGGUGAAGAAGAUGGCCGGGCGCGCACUGCUCCUUGCGGGCGCGCCCGGGACAGGCAAGACGGCGCUAGCCAUGGCCAUUGCCGCCGAGCUGGGGACCAAGGUUCCAUUUGCUCCGCUGGUGGCGUCCGAGGUGUACUCGGCCGAGGUCAAGCCGACCGAGAUCCUGAUGGAGUCGUUCCGGCGGGCAAUCGGCCUGCGCAUCAAGGAGUCCAAGGAGGUGUACGAGGGCGAGGUGAUGGAGCUCACGCCGCAGGAGACGGAGAACCCGCUUGGUGGCUACGGCAAGACCAUCUCGCAUGUCGUCAUCGGCCUCAAGACGACCAAGGGCUCCAAGCAGCUCAAGCUCGACCCGUCAAUCUACGAGGCCAUGCAGAAGGAGAACAUCGCCGUCGGCGACGUCAUCUACAUCGAGGCCUCGUCCGGCUCAGUCAAGCGUGUCGGCCGCUCCGACCGGUUCUCCACCGACCACGACCUUGAGACCGAGGAGUACGUGCCGCUGCCCAAGGGCAACGUCCACAAGAAGAAGGAGAUUGUGCAGGACGUGACGCUUCACGACCUCGACCUCGCCAACGCCAAGCCGCAGGGUGGGCAGGAUAUCAUGUCCAUGGUCGGCCAGAUGAUCAAGCCCAAGAAGACUGAGAUCACCGAGAAGCUCCGUGGCGAGAUCAACAAGGUCGUCAACCAGUACAUCGACCAGGGUGUGGCCGAGCUCGUCCCGGGUGUCCUCUUCAUCGACGAGGUCCACAUGCUCGACAUCGAGUGCUUCACCUUCCUCAACCGCGCCCUCGAGUCGACCCUCGCACCCAUCGUCAUCUUUGCCACCAACCGCGGCGUGACCCCUGUCCGCGGCACCAACGUCGCCGCCCCGCACGGCAUCCCCGUCGACCUUCUCGACCGCCUCAUGAUCAUCCCCACCCUGCCCUACGGCAAGGACGAUGUCGCCCAGAUCCUCGCCGUCCGCGCCCGGGUCGAGGGCCUCAGCUUUGCUGACGAUGCCAUCGAUAAGCUCGCCGACAUCGGUGUCUCCACCUCGCUCCGCUACGCCGUCCAGCUCCUCACCCCAUCCUCCAUCCUCGCCGGCAUUAACGGCCACGAGACCGUCGACAUGGACGACAUCGAGGAGACCAACGACCUGUUUGUCGACGCCAAGACCUCCGGCCGUACCCUGGCCGCUUCGGAGGACGGCUACCUCCAGUAAGUGAGCGUGCAUGAGUGUGGCUGUAAAAACAAGCGACCU